ACAAACCGGAAGUUAGAGUAGCAUGACUGCUGUUGUUGACACUGAGCAUCCAUAGCAAUACAGUAAUGCUAACAUUUGGUAGAUGUUCGUGUUUUAAACCACGUGCGCUAAUUUCCUGAUUUUGCCGUCUUGAUAAUUUGGUCUUAAUUUACCGUUUUGUUGUCUGGUUGUCAGUUUCGUCUCCGCUGAAGCUGCUAACUUUGCGACGUAGCUAGCUAGCAUAAUAGGCUAGCCUUUAAUAGAGGUAACGUUAACGUCAGUUGGCUAAUUAGGACGCCAUGGAAAGUUCAUCCAAUAGGAUUUAACAGUAUAUUUGCAUUUCAGUUUUUAUUGUAGCUUGGUGCUUGAAACUGGUUGGGACAACACUCAAAACAAGAUGGCAGUGGAGCUGGAUGUGUUCGUGGGUAACACCACUAUCAUGGAUGAGGAGGUUUACCAGCUCUGGUUGGAUGGAUACACAGUGAACGAUGCAGUGAAGGUGCGAAUGGAAGGAGGAGUGAUGGAGGAGUGUGAGGCGAGUGCAGAUGUUCUGCUGAGUGACACCAUGGACCAGUACAGGACCUUCCAGAUGUGUGAGCGUCUGCUGCACAGUCCAUCCAAACUAGCCAACCAGCUACUGUUCCAGAUCCCACCUAAUCGACAAGCCAUGCUCAUAGAGAGAUACUAUGCCUUUGAUGAUGCAUUUGUCCGUGAGGUCCUGGGAAAGAAACUGUCCAAAGGAACCAAGAAAGACUUGGACGAUAUCGGUGCCAAGACAGGUGUGACACUGAAGAGCUGCAGACGACAGUUUGACAACUUCAAACGUGUUUUUAAAGUUGUGGAAGAGCUGAAGGGACCCCUGGUGGAGAACAUACGUCACCACUUUCUUCUUUCUGACAAGCUUGCAAGGGAUUAUGCUGCCAUUGUUUUUUUUGCCAACCAUCGCUUUGAGACGGGGAAAAGAAAGCUGCAAUAUCUCACAUUCCAGGACUUUGCUUUCUGUGCUGGGCAGCUUAUCAGCAACUGGACCGUUGGGGCUGUUGAUAACAUGGUGGAAGACAUGGACGUGGAUCUCGAUAAAGAGUUUUUACAAGAGCUGAAAGAACUGAAGGUUUUAAUCACUGACAAAGAUCUGCUGGAUCAACACAAAAGUCUAGUCUGUACAGCACUCAGAGGAAAGACUAAAGCUUUUAAUGAGAUGGAGGCUAAUUUCAAGAAUCUUUCCAGAGGCCUUGUGAACAUUGCUGCAAAGUUAACCAACACAAAAGAUGUCAGAGAUUUCUUCAUUGAUCUUGUAGAGAAGUUUAUUGAGCCGUGUCGUUCAGACCGAUGGACAGCUGCAGACAUGAGACUCUACCUCACUCACUACAACAACUCUGCACACAUACUUGACACAUUCAAACAUCAGGCUGUGUGGGACAGAUAUAUGGUCGUCAUCAAAAGCUGUAUCUUCAAAAUGUAUCACGACUGAAGCAUUUUUUUUGCGGCUCGCCCCUCAUUUCUCCCCACUCUUCCCUUGGUUUGUUUUCUGGCUGUUCCCCCCCCGAAGCCGUUAUCUUAACCCUUCAUUUUGUGCUUCCUCUGUUUCGUUUAGUCAGCGGUGAUGAAAAUUCUGCCUUUUAAGGCCCAUUAUUGCUUUCAGCCUCCCUGUUUGCACCCAUUGUCCCUGCAGUGUCUGUACAUUUGGUUUGUAAAUAAAAUUAACAUAUUUACAUCAAAA